AUGGAUCUGGUGUACCAUGAUAGCUCUCUAUCACUCGUCGCUAACGAGGAGUGUGGAAUAAGAUCCUGCAGGCCUCCAAGAAUUGAAGAAUUCCCUCCUGAUCUGUUCAACCAGGAGCAGAGAUUUUACGGUGGAGUUACGUUUCAUCUUCUAGUUUGCCUCCAUAUCUUUUGCGCUUUGACUGUUGUCUGCGACGACUACUUCGUGGCAUCGCUGAACCGAAUCACCAAAUGUUUGGGUCUUAAACCAGAUGUGGCCGGUGCUACCUUCAUGGCUGUGGGAAGCUCCGCACCGACACUCUUUAUCUCAAUAAUAUCGACAUUUUUCACAGAAGGAGACAUCGGCCUCGGAACAAUAGUUGGCUCGACUAUAUUCAACACACUUUUCAUCAUAGCCUUGUGUGGUAUUGGCGCUGGUUUGACGAUGCGUUUGAAAUGGUAUCCGCUUUUUAGAGAUUCUACCAUGUAUGUAAUUAGCGUGAUCAUCUUGAUGAUUUCGAUUUACGAUCGGAAAGUUCAUUGGUAUGAAAGCGCCGCGUUUUUCAUCUCAUACUCUGUUUACAUUAUUGUGAUGUAUUUCAACUCAAAUAUUGAGGAAUGGUCCAUGAAACUGAAAGAUCGGAUAAUAAAACCCAACGCCGAAGCAGAUUCUGAAGUUGAUGAGAAAGGUCAAGAUACUGAAGCUGAAACUUUAGAAAAUAAUUCCUCCCACGAGGGAGAAAAUCGUUUUAAAACACCAAAAGGAUUUUUCUCAAGGAUAGUUUGGAUUUUCACUUUACCUUCCAUAGUUUUAUUUUAUAUAACAAUUCCAGAUUGCCGUAAGAAGGAAUGGCGAAAAUUUUACUUGGUAACAUUCACAGUUUCGGCCUUCUGGAUGGGUGGGUUAUCGUACAUUUUAGUCUGGAUGGUUUCCCUCGUGGGAUUCACUUACAAUAUCCCAGAAUGCGUCAUGGGUAUGACAUUCCUUGCUGCGGGCAGCAGUCUCCCAGACGCCAUCGCUAGCUUGGUGGUCGCUAAACAAGGAAGCGGAGAUAUGGCUGUAUCAAAUUGUAUUGGCAGCAAUGUUUUCGACAUGUUAUGCCUUGGAAUUCCAUGGAUGAUCAAAACUACUAUAAUCACUCCGAGCAGUGUAGUUCACAUCCAAAGCGAGAACAUAUUUUUUACUUCAGGGAUUUUGAUAGCUAGUAUCAUUUGUACAGUGUUACUGAUAGCUCUUAACAAAUGGCGGUUAGACGAGAAACUAGGCGUUAUUUUUCUUGUUAUGUAUUUGAUUUUUCUUGGUAUUGCUACAUUUAUCGAAGUGCUGCCUUGUUGCUGAGCGCAGAAAAACGGGUUUUGAAAUAACCCAUGCUAGCCGUAGGUUAACAGAUAUGGCUCAGUGGCGGAAAUCGAGAAGAUUUUGAUAUGUGUCAAUAAAUCAACUGUUCAUUUAGUGGCGGAGUAUUCUAUUAUCUUUUCCUACCAUGAACCCUCAACCAUGUUAACCCCUGAAUACUCAGAAGGGAUUCACAUCUAAGGCGUAUGAUUUUCGCGAUCUUUGGGCAUUUAUCGAAUCAUGAUCACCUGCGAUUUAAAGCUUUCGUCACAAAUUAACGAAAACCAGGCAUAACUUAGCAGCUCAUUUGUUGAAAGCGAUGAAAAAAACCGCAAGGCAGAUUUAUGUCUCUAAUUCUCUUGACUUCCCUUAAAAUUGUUCGAAAGUUUAAACCACAGCUGAUCGAGACUAAGGUAUCAAUUGUGAUCCGUUGUCUUUCAAACUUUUCUUCAUUUCAGGUGUAGCUUGUCCUUAGAAACAGAUGACAAGAUAAAACCUUACAACAAUGGAUCGACUUCCCAGGAAACUCAGCGUCCUUCAUCAUAUUCGUCACGUUAAACGGCACUUCUUCAACUGUAGCAGCCACAAUAUUAUCAAUGUACUGCAAUAUGAAACGCUGUUCUCACUGCAGCAGAGGCGAGAAGGAGCCGUUGUUAUACACACCCUGGUAUGCCUGUACUGCUUUGGGGCACUAGCAGUUUUGUGUGAUCAUUAUUUUUGCGCGUCACUUGAAAAACUAUGCAAACGGUGAGUAGUAUAGUUAUCUUUGGUUUUUGGAGAUGAACGAAAGGGAUACGUUUUUGCAUGAUGUGUACAUUUCAGCCUUUUUACAUCUUUAGAUUCAGCAAGCAACUGAAAUCUUUGAGGGCACACAGUGUCUGAAAACAAAUGUAACUGGCUAACAUCACUACACUUUUUGCUUCUAGAGUUCACAGAUUAACUGUAAAAAUGUCCAAAAAGUAAUAAAAAAAAUUGUUUGCGUUAAUUUGGGAGGUACAUUUACUAAGCUUUAGAAGUAAAAAACUGACGUUUUAAACUGAUGUUCAAAAUACUUUUUACUCGCUUUAGACUACGUAUCCCGACAGACGUUGCAGGCGCAACAUUCAUGGCUGCUGGUAGUUCUAUGCCCACACUGUUCAUCGCAAUUGCGUCCGUAUUUAUGGGUGAGGGUGAUAUAGGCCUGGGUACUAUUAUUGGUUCAACUAUGUUCAAUAUCCUCUUCAUAUCGGCCAUUUGUGGGCUGUGUUCUGGUAUCUCCAUAGCUCUUCGGACGUGGCCGCUUUUGAGGGAUUCUGUGGCAUACACUAUACAUCUGACCGCUCUGUUAAUUGUCAUAGAGGAUAACAUAGUUCACUGGUACGAAGCCUUGGUGUUUCCAUUCUUAUAUCUUGGUUACAUAAUAGUUAUGUGCUUCAAUAAGAAACUCGAAGGUUUGUUUGAGAGAGUUUGCGAAAAGUUUUGCCAUUUACGGAAGGGAUUUGAAAUGGUCUCAAUGGAGGACCCCCACGAAAAUGCCGUUGGGAAAGGCAAUGGUCAAGAAGCCCUGGAAAAAUCCGGGGAAGAGGAUUUAGGAAACAACGAAAUUAUCACCGACAAAGAGAAUGAAAUGAAAGACACUGACUACGCUAGAGAAGGGAAGGGAGUCAAUGAUCCCGAUACCUCCUCUUCUCAAGCUCAUGGUUUUUCAGAAAAAUCUCCGUUCGAAAUUCCUAAGAGUUCUUUUCAACUAGUGAUCUGGGUGAUCAUGUUACCUGUCCACGCCCUUUUCUUCCUCACAAUGCCCGACUGUCGUAAGAAAGGUUGGGAGAACUGGUACCCAGUCACGUUUGUAGUAUCCAUCUUAUGGAUGGCCCUCAUAUCGUACGUACUCGUGUGGACUGUGUCAAUCAUAGGCGAGACUUUUGAUAUACCAGAAUGCAUCAUGGGACUGACAUUAUUGGCAGCUGGUUCUAGUGUCCCGGAUGCUAUUGCAAGUCUUGUAGUCGCUAAACAUGGAAUGGGAGACAUGGCUUUGGCUAAUUGUGUUGGUAGCAAUAUCUUUGACGUCCUCUGCUUAGGUCUUCCAUGGUUUUUAGCCACGACUGUUGUUCAUCCGAAAAGCGUCGUUUUAAUUCACAGUGGACAUGUAGUUUAUACGUCUUUGUGCCUGUUUGGCACAGUUUUAGCGACAUUAUUCGUGAUACACCGAAAUAGUUGGAGAUUGGAUAAACGUUCGGGAGGUAUACUUUUGUUAACCUAUAUUGUUUUCUUAUCAGCGGCUGUCAUUUUAGAAGCUCUUCCCGGGGGGCCUGGAGGUCAGGGAGAUGGGCCUAAAUUAAGUCCACAUCACCCAGGUCACCUGCCAAAUAAGGGCCUAGGGCAUCACAAAAAUGCUCAUUUAAAGAAAGUCACGUGA